AUGGAUCUUUAUGGCUCUGCCCUGAACCGGAGUCACUCUUUGGCCAGCGGUUUGGAGAAAUCAUCCCCGACAUGGAACAAGCCUCCGCACUCUCGCAGCAGCAGCACCGCGUCCUCCCCGCACUCCAGACUGAUCAUCAAAGACUGGGAGAUCCUGGAGGACGUUCCGGGUGAAGCACAAGCAGCAGGUGACAUUCUCCAGGACAUUGCCCCGGGUAUCUGUGAGGGGUAUCUGCUCAAGAGGAGGAAGUGGCCCCUCAAAGGCUGGCACAAGAGGUAUUUCAUCUUAGAAACUGGGAUUUUGAGAUACUCCAAAAGCCAACACGAUGUCUCAAGAGGACGAGUGCAGGGCUCUCUCGAUGUUAGCCACGCCGUCAUGUCCAUAAAUAAGAAAUCAAACCGGAUUGAUUUAGAUGCAGGGGACAUUCUUUAUCAUAUGAAGGCCAAAAACCAUGAACUUUUUUACAUUUGGGUGACAAAGCUCCAAGCCCAUCGUUCAUACAAGAAAAAUGAAGCGGCUCAACUUAACUCGGGCCUCUUCAUGUCUUCACUGAGUCUAAUCCAAACCAACGGAAUCGCGAGCUCUGUAAACCUGACCGCCCCGAAUGCACCAAAACCCCCGUCUCCUUAUUCAGCGGUCAACAGCAAAGUGUCGGCCUGGCUUCAACAAUCCCACGCCCCAGAGACUUGUGCGCAAGAGUUGAACCGGUGCCAUUUGGACCUGUCAGAGUUAAACCGUUUAAUCCAAAGGCUGCAGGUUCUGGAAUCCGGCCAAACUGUCAGUAAUGGAGAUCUCCAGCGGAUCAUUAGCAUUCAGAAUUUAUCACUCGAAAAGCCCAAAAGACUGAGGUCGGCAAGAAUGUGGGGUCACUCUCGCACACUGUCCAGAGUGGAGGCCCUGGGACUGCCUAUUCGCGGGAUGCCAAAAUCACUGUCUUCCAGUCACUUGAGUAGCUCCUGUCACUUCGGGGAAUCGCACCCCUCGAUACCGGACUAUGUUUACUCACAGUUAGCCCCGCCCCCGUCUUUGUCCCCCGAGAGCAAGAAACUGCAGCAGGACAUUUGCACAACAUCACUGCGCGUGCUUUCCUCCCUGAAGUCUGUCCACGAGACCCUCUCCCAGGAACGACACAAGCUUCAGGAAGUUUGGGAAACUAACAACUCCAACCAUUGCCUCACAUUACCUCCAACUGAGGCGCUGAGGUCUCACGGAGCUCCGUCUGUGGCUGAUUCCGCGGCUGAAUAUUUUGACGCCAGUGAACAUGUUCUGUGUGGGAGCUCCUCUGAGGUCACCGACGAAUCUGGACUCAGCGAUGGCAGCACCUCCAACUCUGAGCCGGAGGAGGGCCACGCGUUGGCCACUCGUAAAUAUCGUGCCAGUAUUUCCAAAGCCCCUCAGAGCAUCCCCCCGAGAAGCACCGGGCGGCGGACGACUCUGCCGGCGGUGUGUCCAGACAACAGCCACGUGGGGCUCGUGGCGAUCCUGUACAACAACAUCGGGAAGGAUCUGGCUCGAGUGUCGAUGCCCGCGGCUCUGAACGAACCUUUGAAUCUGCUGCAGAGACUUUGUGAGGAGCUGGAGUACAGUGAGCUGCUGGACACUGCUGCCAACACACCCGACCCCUACCACCGGAUGGUUUACAUAGCUGCCUUUGCCAUCUCCGGUUAUUCCACGGCCACUUUCAGAAACCGGUACAAACCCGUGAACCCGGUGCUGGGAGAGACGUUCGAGUGCAUUCGAGAAGACCGCGGCUUCAGGAUCAUCAGUGAGCAGGUUUGCCACCACCCUCCCAUUUCAGCCUGUCACGCAGACUCGGACAACUUCAGCUUCUGGCAAGACCAAAGGUGGAAGAAUAAAUUCUGGGGGAAGUCUCUGGAAAUCGUUCCCACAGGAAUGGUCAAUGUCAUGCUUCCAAAAUACGGGGAUCACUACGAGUGGAACAAGGUGGUGACGUGUAUCCAUAACGUCUUCAGUCAGCAGCGAUACUUGGAGCAUUACGGAGAGGUCACAAUUCAGAACCUCAACAGCAGCGUCUGCACCUGUAAGAUCACCUUUGUCAAAUCUCGGUAUUGGGGUUCGGAGACAAACAAGAACGAGGUGCAGGGGACGGUGCUGGACGAGAGCGGCAGUGUCAUUCACAGGUUCGGAGGUCUGUGGCACGAAGGCAUCUUCUGUGACACCCUGCCCUCUCCCAAGUGCGUCUGGAAGCCAAACCCUCAGCCAAAGAACCACCUGUUGUAUUAUGGCUUCUCCUCGUUUGCAAUGGAAAUGAACGAACUUCCCCCAGAGCUGGAGGCGCUUCUGCCGUCGACCGACACCAGACUGAGACCAGACCAAAGAAUGUUGGAAGAGGGCUUGGUGGAUGAAGCAGACAGAAAAAAAGAUGAGGUGGAGGAACUUCAGAGGCUGCGGAGGAAGGAGCUCUCCAAAAUGGGGGAAGAGCAUGCUCCUAGAUUUUUCAAGAAAAGCAAGGACCAGUGUGGGCGGGACGUGUGGCUGUCUAAUGGGACGUACUGGAAUCUCAGAGAAGACCCCGGUUUCCAGAGUUUAGAAAGUCUAAAGCUUUGGUGA